GAAACGUUGUCAGCCGCGUGAGAUUCCUUUACCGUGCGGAAACGCGUCGCGCGAAGGAUGAUCGGAAGGACAACCCUGGUGGAGCAAAAGAGGAUACAAUGGGCGAGAGAGAGAGAAGAAAUGGCGCGACUCGGCGGAAGUUGGGGAUUUUUGAAAAAUAACAGCAAUAUCAACGGCAACUUCCGCUAUCCAGGUGGUGCAAGAAUGUCCUUGGCGGAAGCGAAGGACAGGCAAGCGUCCUCAAAACCUUUUCGUGCCGGCGGCCAUUACGGAAGCACCGUCAGCCUCAAGAGUCUCGCGACCGAGAGUUCCGGAAACGGCACCACGAGCCUAAAGUGUCUCGACUGCAAUGGUGGUAGCUUGAUAAAUCUGCACGAGCAACCGGAUGUGUCGCAAAUCAGGCACAGAAGUCCGAGCCUGCCGCCGAUUUACAGCAAGGAGCAGCAACAAUAUCUAUCUCAGAGUCAGAAACGAGACUUCGGCGUUGAGGGACUGCGUUAUCAAACGGGGAAGCUUCAACGGCAACAACAUCAUCGAUCUUACAACCGCUACGAGAAUUCUGAGAAAGAUCGGUGCGGCCUGCAGAACGAAGAACGCGGGGGGGAGACCUCCGGUUACGCCAGCGACUCCAUAGAUGCACCUGUAUCGGCUACGGGAACAAUGUUGCCCGACUGUAAACGACCAGAAAGAGAUAUGACGGAGAAAACUUGGCAGAAUCCUUACUACACCACACCCGAGAGUUCGUUACCACCGUCGAGGAGAUUAUCUGAUGGUAGGAUAGGCGAACUGAACAGGCCAAGGUGGGGCAGUGUCUGGGGUCAGGAAACCACACGAGGAGAUCCACCCCCGCCUUCUUGGCUCUCGAGAUUAGGACACUCCAGUCAAGUGCUGGUCAUCAACCACGACAGUGCAAGCAGUUCGGACAGUUCGACGGUGGUCACGACCGCGUCCGAGAACAAUAAAACUUACCUUCGCGGUCAGAACAUACCUGUGGACGCGGCCAUUCUUCAAGAACGCGAGGUGAAGAGGCAGAAAGCGCUGGAGCUGCAAAACGCGAUUAAGAUGCAGCUCGAAGAGAAAGAUAGGCAGAGGAAGGAAGAGAAGGAGAGGAGGCUGAGAGAGGAACGCUUGGAGGAAGAACGGAUCAAACUUGAAAGGGAGAAGGAACAGAAAAGAUUCGAGGAGGAGCAAAGAAAACUGAAGGAGCGGGAAGCCGCGAAGUUCAGACAGGCCGAGGCGAUGCGCGAGGUGCUGGAGGCCGCGGAGCGUUUGGCCAAGGAGCAGAAGAAGAAUCGUCGCAAACGCGAGGAAUCGGACGACGAGACUGUUGUCUCUUCCAGAAACAUCGAGUCGAAUGGUCGCAACGACCAGCUGGAUAGCUGUCCAAGCGACAGGACCCAACGGAAUUCGACGCAUAGCGCUAAUGCUCAAGACACCGAGAAAAAGGACACGUCCAGUGAUAAAGAAAGCAACGAAGGAAGAGUGCAGGACGUUUCGGAGAAAUCGGUGACAGAAAGGAAUGACGCGAGGCCGGUUCAAGUUCCUAUUAGCAAAGAGGUAGCUAUCGUGCUGAGCGGCAGGCUGGAGGACACCGAGUUGCUGAACAAGGCUAACCUGCAACUGGUGAAUCUGGUGUUGACUCCGACGCCCAGAACUCUGGAGAACGGCAAUCUGCUCGCAGGCUUGAACAGCCUCGUGCACGGCAUGGGGACCGCCAGGAUCCCGUCGACGAUCGUGGAGAACAGAUUGCUCACGCCUAGCAAAUACAGAGCGAUGAACGGCCGAGAUUUCGGCACGCAGACCGACAUUGAGAACGAUCUUCAAGAUUCCCGCGAGGAUCUGCGGGACGUGACCACGAGGAAUGUCACUAUGAAGGACUGCAAGGACGCGACGAAUGCUAGUAAAAGGGACAUUGAAAAGUCCACGAAUGUCGGUUCAACGGAAGUGCCUGUUAAGUCUCACUCACGAUCAAAAUCUCAACCUAGAACGUCUAUUAACUCUAGACCACAGUGGAAUGCCAAUAGGCCGGGAACUCGAUAUCGAACUCAGAGCGAGAAAGAUCCUCAUUAUCAACGACGGUUGCGAAUGAGGAGACGUCAAGUUGAAUCGAGCGAUGAAAGAUCCAGGUCACCGUCUCCGGACAGAAGGAAACUGAUAAACGUAAAAUCGAAGAUACGUUCCAUAAAUCGGCAGAAAGCUAAAAUCGACAGCUACGACGCAGACCUCUCGAUGGACAGUUUGAAUUCCAUCAUACCUUUGCGAACCGAUAAAAACGGGAGAAUAACGAUCGAGGACAACAGAUGCGAACGAAACGAUAAAGCAAGAACCACGAACGACCGCGUUAACGAGACUGAUAAUGUCGGACAAUCGGAGCAUGAAAAUUCCAACGUCUGGUGCGGACAAGAAAUUCUGUCCAAGUUGAACACUUUGAAAAAUGGGUUGCUGAUGAAGCAAUUAGAAUGGAACUCUGAGAGAUGCCUGGUCUCUCCCGCUGCGUCCGAGAUCUUUUAA